AUUGAAGGGAAGCAAGACCAGACAAUGGAAAACAGAAAAGAGGGGCCAAAACAGAGAAGAAUAAAGAGAAAGAAACAGAAACGCUAGGUGGAGAAUGAAACAGAGAAGUCGAAAGAUGAACAGGAAAGAGACAGGUGUAACUGAGAGGGGCGGGGCUUAGAGUGGGCGGGGCAAGAAGGAGUAUAUAAUUCCCUCCAGUAUUUCCCUGCUUGUUGUAACCAAAUCCUCGUGAUCGUGCGUGUGUGUGUUCCCUCUCCUGCUGCAAAAUGUGGUCGUUCGUUGUGCUGACGGUGGCGCUGACGGCGGCGGCAGCGACGGCCGUGAAGGAGGCUGUGGCGGAGGCUGAGGCGGAGGCGAGAUACAUCUACAUCAACGCCGAGGCUCCGAUCACCAUAGCCGCCCUUCUCAACGUCCCGAUCUCCCUGGCUCUCCCGUCCCUCAACCUGAUGCGCGGGAGGUCCUUCUCGACGUCCUGGAGAGCUGAGGAGGAGCUUCACGGUGAUCUUGAGGGCCUCUUCGACGACCCACACUACCUGGUGGAGGCCAACAAGCUCCGGGCGUAUUUCUCUUACCUCAAGUUAGAGAACGAGAAGUGUCGACAGAAGUUCCUGUGCGAGUUGGCGACGGACCCUGAGGCUUUCUUCCCAGCGUCUGACAUCUUCCUCAAGGAACUGCAGCCUUCGCACGGCCCGGUGACGGAAGACGCCAAGAACCGCUUCUGGCUGUACCAAGAGGCGUCCCGAGCCGGUCUCAUGGGCGGCCGCGGGGAGUGCGUCCGCCUUUUCCCCACCUGCAGGACGCCCAUCACGGACAUCAUCAACACCAGCGUCCUUAAAGUGUGGCAGUUCAUCGGAAGGAAGCUCAACAUCAGCUUCACCGAUAAUUAGGGUCGACUCCCGUUGACUCUUAUGACGCUUUCAUAUAUCUUUCACAAAUCGAUGGAAGGUUGAAUCUCGUCUCUCUUUUUUUUUUACAUAAAAACUUCAUGAAUUUCUACCUCCUAUAAAAGCACUUUGAUGAAGUUCUUGUAAAGUAUUUCCUUCAGGUUAAGGCAUUUCAAAAAUAGUGCAAAUGUGUACUAGUAAUUACGUAAAAUCCUCAACAUAAUAUAAAAGUGAGCCCAGAAACUUGUUUAGGACAAUAUAAUUCUGUACAUGUAACCAUAAGUUUAGCUUGGCAUGUGAUUUUAUUUCUGGACUGACUGAAUGAAGCUUCGCCAGUGUAUUUAUUAUUUAAGAAUAUUUAAUAUUUAUUUAUCAA